AUGUCCACCACCUCGGCCCAUUUUCCGCUUCCGACAAACGAGUUUACCGAUGCUGGCGAGGGUCCUGUCGACUCGGGAACCGAGGCCGGUGCCGCUGGAGACAGCUCAAAGAACUCAAUCAACCUCUCUACCGGAGGCAUGAUUGCCAUCAUCAUCGUCGUGGUCGUCGUUGUCAUUGUUGGUGUGUCUACCGCUACUCUGUUCUUCAUCGCCAAGAAGAGAGAGUGGAAAGUCCGGGAGAAGCUUCGAAGAUCGGCGCGGAAAGUUGCUGCAGCACUUACACCCCGCCGGUCACAGUUUCCAGACUCAGUCAAGCGCUCCGUCGAAGCACCAAAAUCCAGCCGCCUGCAAACCUCCGAUAGCAGAGAUGAGAAAGGAUACCCCAAGAGAGAUAAGGGAAAGAAGUCGCAAGAGUAG